GAUGUGAUGAUUUAUAUACUAGUAUUCGAGACGAAACGACGUCGUCGUAGGGGGAUGUGAUGAUUGGAGAUCCAACGGUGAGAGUGGGAAAGAUGGGCUGCCCGUGCCCGUCAGUCGGAAUGGCGAUGCCCGAGUUGACUCAGUGGUCUCUGGUGUGUGUGUGUGUGUCUGUGCGCCCUAAGCUCUUCUUUUCUCUGAUGCUAUUGCUAUCUUCGUCGACACCAAUUCCAACUCCCUCACGCUUUCUCUUUCUUCUGCCCCUUUUCGUCUUUUCCACUCCUCCUCCUCCUCUUCUUCUUCUUCUUCUUCUUCUUCCUCGCAAUCCGACGUUCCUUCUCCGUCCACGUCAUCGUCGUCUUCUUCAAUCCUUUUCGACCUGCUCUUCGUCUCCUUCUACACGGUUAUAUAUAUAUAUACACACACACACCACCGCCUUCUGGCUAGGGUUUUCAUUAUUAUUAUUAUUAUUAUUAUUUAAUGUUUUCACGAUUUCUUUUCUCUUUUGGUGCCUUCCGAUUUCCGCUAUGGCUUCUUUGGAUAUCAUCAACAAGUUAAUCUAAUCGCGAAUGAGGAUUGAUUUGGGUUAAAAUAAAUGGUCCAUGGCUAUUGAGAAGAACAAUUUUAAGGUUUCGAGGUUUGACUAUGAGUUUUCACCUGGGAGUAAGAAGAGCAUAUCCAGUGACGAGGAUGAGCUUCACAGACAUACCUCUGCUGUGGAGUCUGAUGAUGAUGAUGAUGAGAUUAAUGAUGUAGAUUCUGGGGCAGGGUCUGAUGAUUAUGAUACGCUGGAAUGGGGAGAGGCAGGGGUGGAAUUCUGUCAUGUUGAUGAUCAAACUUGCAGCAUUCCUCUUGAGUUGUAUGAUCUUUCGGGUUUGGAAGAUAUAUUGUCUGUUGAUGUGUGGAAUGAAUGCCUAAGCGACGAGGAGCAGUUUAACCUCUCUAAGUUCCUCCCAGAUAUGGACCAAGAGACGUAUAUGCUCACGCUAAAAGAGCUUUUUACGGGUAGCAACUUCCAUUUUGGAAGCCCAAUAAAGAUGUUAUUUAGCAUGUUGAAGGGGGGUUUAUGUGAGCCGAGAGUUGCGCUUUAUCGUCAUGGUCUGAAAUUUUUCCAAAGGCGGCAACACUAUCAUCUUCUGAGGAAGCAUCAGAACAAUAUGAUUAGCAGACUUUGUUGGAUGAGAGAUGAUUGGCUUAACUGUAGAGGAUACAGCAUGGAAGAGAGGCUCCGUAUCUUAAAUCUUAUGAGAAGUCAGAAAAGUUUCGAUUAUGAGAGGAUCGAUGGUUUAGAAACUGACUCAUCAGAUAGAGUAUCAGGGGAAGGAUUUCGGAGAAGAUUCAAGGACAAGAAAGUGGCUUCUAAAUUGCACAACUUUUCUUCAUAUAAUGCAAGUUCUGACUUAGAUUUUCCUUUAGGAGGUCGGUUGACUAAUCUUGAAGCACCUGAAUAUGGAAAGCAGAAUUCCAAGGGUAUAUUUAAGUUGGCCGGAUCCAAGUUUCCUUCUCUGAUGGAACCUAUGGUCAGCCUUCCAUCAGCUUAUCACGAUUUAGAUAUUAACUCAACGCCCUAUAGUUCUAUAGGUGAUCUCCCUCAACGGAGAAAGGUAGGCGGAUAUUACUCAGGCCCAAUGCUUAGGAUAAGGGACGAGACGAGGAUCGGUAAUGCUACUAAAGAAACGACCAACAGAAAGGGUACCCCACGGGAUCUAAGGGCCCCACCCGGUGGUGGGAUGGAGAAGGGGGUUCUAGAAGCUAGUAAGAGAUAUGAGGCUUUGAGGGGUAACAUUUUUGACAAUUUCAUUGGACUUCCUUUGUCAUCAAAAGGUGAUUUAUAUGGCAAGAACAAGAAUGUAAAUUUGGUUCGAAAGAGGAGUGUUGUGGCUGAAAAGCCAGUCAGUAUGAGGUCAUCCUACAAUCCUUCCAAAAAAGCCCAGUCAAUUAGGGAUCAGACAAAAUCUAUGAAGCCCAGCAUUUCUCAGCCUCCACAUAAAAGUACUAAAGUUGACUCUGAAGGUCUUGCUGGUUCACUCCGACAUAACAAGACUCGAGGGAAGUCUUUUGCGACAGAUCCACUGCUUAAAAAUGCUGACCGGAGCAUUAGGGGCAAGAACUGGAAGACUGCUAUGGAGCCUACUGAUCUUAACUACAAAGCGUAUAGAUCUCCCUCUCCUCAGAUAAAUGAGGGACAUGUACCCUCUGAAUUAAGAGCUAAACCAUCACAAAAGAAAACUAAAGGAAGAUUUGUCCAGAAAAUGGGAUCAGACCCUGCUUCCUCCAAAGGAAACAAAAAGUUCGUUAGAGGCGAAGAAACUGAAUCAGAAUCAUCUGAACAGUUUGAAGAUGAUGAGGAUGGCAAUCCAAUAUUGAGGAGCAAGUUGGCCUAUCCCAGUGUAAUGGAAGUUUCACAGUUUUCGUCGUUGAAUUCUGGUUUAGAAGCUAAAAAGGUCAAGUAUGUCAAAAAUGAUAUAAAGGAGCACAUUGGUACUCUUGAUCCAAUAUCAUACUCCAAAAAGACGGUUAAUAAAUCUCCUCAACAUGGAUACGCCUUAAGUGGAGUUAACACUAUGAAUACAAGGCUGGGCAAGAUUCAAGACUCUGGUUCUUUCCAAGACCUAUCCUCUAAAGUGUCAGAAAAGAACUACCUCCCAGUUUUGGAUACAUUCAGUGAUGAUGAAGAUGAUGAAGUGAAGAAAAAUUCCAAAAUGUUUAAUAAUGGUCGAUUGCAAUCAGAAUCUAGCAAAAGAUCACGUAAAUCCUCAUCUAAGUCCUUCACUGCAGAGGGAAAACGGAAAGGCAGGGGUAAUCAUGAUCUUUCUGCAAUGCAGUCCAGAAAUCUUUACGACUAUGCUGUUGACGAGGAAGGUAAUUCCAACGAGAUGAGAUUAUUUGAAGAUGAUUAUGGAGCUGAUAGAUUUCCACAGGCAGGUUUGCAAAGUGAAUCAUUUAUGGGUAUUUCCAGUGAAAGACCUAAUGGUUCCCUACUAGGAUGUAACUCAGUAAAGAAGAAAAGGAAAGUGAAGGGGAAUGUGACAGAAAUGGAUAAAAAGGAUGAAGGUGAAUUGCAGAGUGACACCCUCCAACAAGUUAAUGAUUCCACUCCAUUGAAGAAGAAGAAGAAGAAGAGGCAGAAGGCCGACGGUUGUAGUUCUGAUGUGGGAAGAUCUGAGCCUCCCGCUACAGAAAUGGGGACACUGGAUAUGGAGCAGGAAAUCAAGCCUCAGAGAAAUUCGUUCCUGUUGAUUACACCUACGGUUCACACUGGCUUUUCAUUCUCCAUCAUGCAUCUUCUUACUGCAGUUCGCCUGGCCACGAUUACUCCACUUCCCGAAGAUAUGUUAGAACCCAUUAAGGAGAAGAAGAAACGGCAUGAGGGUGACUUCACGUUAGAUCUUUCUCAUGAUAAUAAGGCGGAUGUAAAUAACUUAGAACAGGCUGAGGAAGUAAAUGUUCCUUCGCUAACAGUUCAAGAGAUAGUAGAUCGUGUGAAAUCUAACCCUGGGGAUCCUAGCAUUCUCGAGACGCAAGAACCACUUUUGGAUUUGGUGAGAGGGGUUCUGAAGAUAUUUUCAUCAAAAACUGCUCCUUUGGGAGCAAAGGGCUGGAAGAUGCUAGCAAUUUAUGAAAAAUCAACAAAAACAUGGUCAUGGAUUGGCCCAGUUUCUCGAAGUUCGUCAGAUUACGAGGCCAUUGAAGAGGCAGCAUCACCUGAAGCUUGGGGUCUUCCUCACAAGAUGCUUGUUAAGUUGGUAGACUCAUUUGCCAAUUGGCUUAAAAGUGGCCAAGAAACUCUUCAACUAAUAGGAAGUCUUCCUGCACCACCUGCCUCUUUAAUGCAGUUUAACGUAGAUGAGAAAGAAAGGUUUAGGGACUUGAGGGCUCAGAAGAGUCUUAAUACUAUUAGCUCUAGUACUGAAGAGGUGAGGGAUUAUUUUCGUCGGGAAGAAGUUCUAAGGUACUCAAUUCCCGAUCGUGCUUUCUCUUACACAGCAGCUGAUGGUAAAAAGUCUAUUGUUGCUCCCUUAAGAAGGUGUGGUGGCAAGCCUACAUCUAAGGCACGGGAUCAUUUCAUGCUAAAGAAAGAUCGCCCUCCACAUGUCACGAUUCUUUGUCUUGUGAGAGAUGCUACUGCACGAUUGCCAGGAAGUAUUGGCACCAGAGCAGAUGUGUGUACGUUGAUAAGAGAUUCACAAUAUGUUAUGGAAGAUGUAUCUGAUGCACAAGUUAAUCAAGUUGUUAGUGGCGCAUUGGACAGAUUACAUUAUGAACGCGAUCCUUGCGUGCAAUUUGAUGGUGAAAGAAAAUUGUGGGUUUAUUUGCAUAGAGAACGCGAGGAAGAAGAUUUUGAGGAUGAUGGUACUUCAUCUACUAAGAAAUGGAGGAGACCCAAAAAAGAUGUCAUUGACCAAUCAUCUGAUCAUGGACUUGUGACAGUAGCUUAUCAUGCAUCUGGAGAAAACAUUGGAUAUGACAUUUGCUCCGAGCUCAACACAGAUCCCCCGUGUAUCGAUGAUGUUAAAGGAACCGAACAAAUUUACAGUGACGUGAGGCAAGUUGUGGAGCAUGACAUAGAUAACAAUCAUGGGUCCGAUCAUGACGAGAUGUCUCAAAGUCCACAGGUUAUGAAGGCUUCUAAUCCUAUGGAAGAGACCAAGUUGAUAUGUCAAGAAAAUUCCACGAACGAAGAUUUUGACGAUGAAGCAUUUGGGGGACAAAGCCCGGUUGGAUUCCUACGUGCAAGCAUAUCAUAAUAAUUACUGCAGAGCUAAUUUGUGUUGUUCCGGUGAGGCUUGUGACACAUUGAAGGCCGCAUUAUUUUUGCAUUUUACAAGUGUGUAUAUUGAUUGUUCUUGGUGCACGAUAGCACAGAAGUGCAUCUAAAGCUUAACACAAUUGCCUUGACAAUGUCUAUCACAGGUAUAUUGAUUUUUUUUGAAGUGUAAAUGAGAAAACAGGCCAAGUUCAUAAAUUUGGUUGGUCUUCUACAUAUUUAUACUAAUUAGAUGCAGAAAAGGAAAUUCUUUUGCUCCCAUGCUUGUAUUGAAGCUGCAAAAUGAAAGAGAUAUCAGAAGCUGUAGAUUCUCAUCGCCAGCCAUUUACAAAUAAAAACAUGAAAAGAUAGACAGGCAUUUGAAAGCAUGAUGAUCAAAGCCAAAUUAGACAGUUUUACUGAUACUACCAUCACCAAGCUCCCUUCCAUUGGACCAUCGGAGGUCUUUAGUUCAUGGAUGAUCACUGAAGGGAGGCUCUCAUUUGUUCCAAACUAUGGAAGUUUCAAAUCUGGAAUCAUAUGGAACAAAGUGAUGAUUUUUUCAUGAAGGGAUCCUUGGUGAUUGAAGACCAUCAAGGACGACGACAACGACGACAACGACAACAACGUUCAUAGCUGAAUGACAACAGCUUUCACUAGAGAUGGGACGAGGAAAAGAUAGGAAAAGUUUUAGUCAACGAAAAGAUCUCAAAUUGAUCGCCCGAUACCUUUUCGUUAGUCAACUAUCAAAUGAACUUUGAUCACUUUAAACAAUUUUUCGAACUGUAUACUCAAAGAUCAAAUAAACAAUAUUGUUUCUCACUUUACGUUCAAAAAUU